GGAUGAAGGAACAAGCAAUGGUUGACCACCAUACUACACCCUGGAGACUGAGAGGCUGGGUUCAGACCUCAAUCGCCUUUAUACCAGGGUCUGUGGGAGGAGCCACAGGAGCAGUCAGCAGGGGGCAUGUCCAGACAGGUAUAUGUAGUUCACCACACCUACUAUCUUGUACUUUUUGUUCCCCUCCUCCCACCUUCUUGCUCUGACUUACACCCUUGGAGGUCGACGGGGGGAGGGGGUGGAAGUGCUACCUCCCUGAAAUUAGUUUUUGCAGGUUGAGAUCUCUACUUUACCUAUUACCUUAUCCUUCCCCUCCCCUAUCUUUUUUUCUUCUGGCACCUUCCCCUUCCUUUAUAGUCUAGAUGAAGUGUCUUGGCCGAAACACUGAACGUUCAUUCUUUCCAUGGAUGCUGCUCGGCCUGCUGAGUUCCUCCAGCAUUUUCUGUAUGUUGCUAACGAAUGGGUGCAAUACAUCCGCAGGAAUCUCCGGAUUUUGAACAGACAAAAGAUUGGGACAUUAACGUAGCACAAAAAAAGUGUACAUUUCUAGCUGAAGCCACGCAAGCCCGGCACUGAAGUUACUCAGGAUAGAUCGGUGCAAUAAGCAAGCGGCCGCCAUCCCUCCCCGGCAUCGCCGACUCUGCGCAUGCGUGUUGCCCAUUUCCUGUGAAGAUGGCGGCGUGCGGCACCGAGGCCCGAGUGGGAGACGUGGAGGAGGACGCCUCGCAGCUCGUCUUCCCCAAAGAGUUCGAGAGUUCAGAGACACUGUUGAACUCUGAAGUUCAUAUGCUGCUGGAACACAGGAAACAACAGAAUGAGAGUGCAGAGGAUGAACAGGAGCUUUCAGAGGUUUUCAUGAAAACGUUGAACUACACAGCCAGGUUCAGCCGGUUCAAAAACAGGGAGACCAUUGCAAGUGUGAGAAGUCUGCUGUUACAGAAGAAAUUGCACAAAUUUGAGCUGGCCAGCCUGGCUAACUUGUGUCCUGAAACAGCUGAAGAGGCCAAAGCUCUUAUUCCCAGCUUGGAAGGUCGAUUUGAAGACGAAGAGCUGCAGCAGAUUCUUGACGACAUUCAGACCAAGCGAAGCUUCCAGUAUUAAUAUUACUGGCUCCAGUCAAUAACUCCUUCCAAUGUUUUUCCAUUGGAAAUUGGCACUGGUGCUUCACACUGGCACCAAGUCGUUUUAAAAAGUGAAGAUGGAGAAACUGUGGCUUGAACAGACCAAACAAGUCACACAACCUGAAGACCUGAUAAUCUUCUGGGUUAUUUCUACAUCCAAAGUCAUUUAGUAGCACAUUUGAUGAGUCCCUGAAUGUAAAUAUACUCUGGAAUUGCUACAGAUAAGUUAUUUUUUUUACUCAGAUAUCCAGGUGCCCUUGUGUGUCAAUUUUCUAACUGUCACUACUGACAAAGUGAAAUCUUGUGACCCAUUCUCAGCACCCUGGCUCCUUUUUUGUUUCAUAGUAGGAAUGCACGCAAGCUCCUUGGGGAGAGGUUAAGGCCAACUUUGCCCUUCCCUCACUGACUAAACUCAUCUGAGACUGGUUAUGGUCUGAAGAUUGAACUUGGGGAGUGUGCUUACAUUUUGAUGUUGAGGUGAAGACCUGGUGUCUCAACUUGCUUUCUACAGUUUCAUUAAAAGAUUGACAUUAUUUGAUGUACUCAUGUAAAUCUUCUGGCUCUUGUACUGUUUUUCUAAAUCUAAUUUGCUGUAAAUUCUUCACCUCUAGAAAUGAAGUGGAAAAUGUUAUAAGUACCAUUUGUCUUCUCUUCACGAGUAGUUGUUGAAAUAAAACUCCUGUGGAGUUGGUCAAAAAGUUCAUGUACUGGAGGUCAUUCAGCCACACAGCUCCAUGCCAGUGCCUAUCCCUUCAGCUUGCUUUCCACUUCCCUAAGUUACAUUUUACAGUGCCAGUUAACUAAUAAGCGUGUUUUUGGGAAACAAGACAAAGUCAGUGCAUGCAGUAGAAGACCCAGCAGUCAAAAGAAAACAUGCAAACUCCACAAAGACAGCACCCAUUUAUCAGAAUUGAAUACAGGUUCCUGGAAGUGGCAAUACUACAUGCUGUGCCUUGCAUUUUGUACCAACAAUGCUGCUAUUUUAAGACCCAUUUUCAAAACCAGCUUUGCAACUGAGUGAUUAUAAAUUAAAGACAUUUUAUAGGCUUCUGCA